AAAAACAAAAUGAAACGACAAUCAUCGACCGAAAGCAAUCGUGAGGCGAGAGGGCAUGAAGAUUUCAUUCCAUUGUCACCAACAGCAACAGAAUCAAAUCAUGAUGGCUCAAGUGAUUCGGAAUUAUCUAAUUUUGAUGGUACAGAACACAUGUCACGACAAUCAAAUAUAUCAUCAUAUGCUGAAUACACGGAAUCGGAAGAUGAAGAAAUGACGAGUGAGCCAUCGCCUAGUUUACGUGCGAAUGAAAUAAGCAAUGAUGAGGAUUUUGCAAAGAAGACACACCAAGUCCUCGAAAAAUUGAUUGAAGAGAAACUAGAGACUGAAAACGAGGAUGAAACCGAGAAUGAAGAAGAUUUUAACGAGCAACAAAAAGUAAAUCAAGGUUGUCAUGAAAACCAAUCAAACCAAAACGAAAAGCAAUCCACAUCAUCACGCCGUUCUUCAAGUAUUUCAAGCCAUAGCAUUCGAUCCAAAAAGUCACAUCAUCAUCACCACAGCCAUAGCAUCCAUGGCCAUUCACACAAGAAACAUCACAAACCGCACUCGUCGACCAAGCAAAACAAGAGCAACACUAGCAUUAUACAAAAUGCACAGCAAGAUAUUCUCAAGAAAAAGCAUUACGACCACAAACCGCAUGAUUCAUUCGUACAGCUCGAUGAGUUGUAUUUUUAUAACGACGAUGCUGAAUGGCAAGAGACAGCUCGAUGGAUCAAGUAUGAAGAAAAUUUAGAGGAAGGGUCAGGACGUUGGGGACGACCACAUGUUCCGACUUUAUCAUUUCAAUCAUUAUUAAGUUUGAGGAAUUGUCUCGAAACUGGUGUCGUCUUAUUUGACGUUGAGGAACAAGAUCUCCCGGGAACAGCUUACAGAAUUGUUGAGCAGAUGGUGAAGGAAGACUUAAUACAUCGUGAUGAUAAGGCACAAAUUAUGAGAGCAUUGCUGGGGAGGCAUCGUCAUGUUACAAGCUUUGGAGGAUUUCAUUUUGGAAGGAGAAAGAGUAGCUACAACAGCAUGCAGAACAUUAUCGAGGGUAAGCGCAACAGCAUCACAAAUGAUUUGGUUCUCCGAAAGCCAUCACAUAAUGGAUUGGAUACAAAGAUUGACAUUAGAGAUGAAAUUCUGUACGCAACUGGACAUGACUUACAAGCUGAUUCAAUAGUCAAGAGAAUUCCAGGCGAUUCAGAAGCAACAUCAGUUCUAGUCGGUGCUGUUGAGUUCCUGGAACAGCCAACAAUUGCAUUUGUUCGAUUAGCUGAAGGAGUUUGCAUGCCUGGUGUCAUUGAAGUUCCGAUUCCAGUUAGAUUUAUUUUUAUUCUACUCGGUCCGAAGACUUGUGAUUUAGAUUUUCAUGAAAUUGGACGGUCAAUAGCCACUUUGAUGUCUAAUCGACAUUUCCAAGCUAUAGCUUAUAAGGCACAUGAGAGACAAGAGCUAUUGACAGCAAUUAAUGAGUUCUUGGAUGAUUCAAUUGUGUUGCCAGCUGGAAAAUGGGAUCGAGAGCACUUAUUGCCGUUUGAGGAACUGAAAGCUAAAAGUGAAAUGAUUCGAUCUCGUCGUCGUCGAGUGCUUGAAGAGAAGCUCCAAGCUAAAAAGAAUCUUUCAAAUGAAGAAAAGAAGCUUUUGUCAUCAACAGAUGAAAAGAUACCUGACGAUCCACUCAAUAGAACUGGAAGAUUUUGGGGUGGAAUGAUCAAUGACAUCAAGCGACGCUUCCCAAUGUACAAAAGUGACAUCCAAGAUGGACUUAAUUCAGAAACGCUAGCUGCCACUUUGUUUUUGUACUUUGCUGGUCUUGCAACUUCCAUCACUUUUGGUGGUCUGAUUGGAGAGAAAACUAAAAGUUCGAUUGGAAUUUCUGAGACAUUAGUGUCUUCCUGUAUGGUUGGGAUGAUUUUUCAUGCUUUGUCGAGUCAGCCGUUGGUCUUUGUUGGCACAUCAGGCCCGCUGAUCUUAUUCGAUGAAGCGCUCUUCCAAUUUUGCUCAUCAAUGUCCUUCAACUUCCUCACCGUUCGCGUCUACAUUGGCAUCUGGCUGACAAUCAUUGCAUUAACAUUAUCAGCCUUUGAAGGCAGCGUUUACGUCCGUCUCUUCUCACGAUUUACUCAAGAGAUCUUUUCAGCUUUAAUUACAUUAAUUUACAUUGUCGAAACUGUCCAAAAGACAGUCGCAAACUAUCAACGGCAUCCGUUGUUAUCAAAUUAUCCAAUAGCUAUUGACAGUCCACCAAUCAGUGCCCGUAAUGUAGAUGAGACGUCAGUUGCUGUUGUUGCUCAUACAAAUGAUGAAAUGGGACCAAUCAAUAAACCAAAUACUGCUCUUUUUUGUACACUUUUGACUCUAGGAACUUUUUGCCUUGCUUACUUCUUGAAAGUCUUUCGUAACUCUAAAUUUCUUGGACGAAACACAAGACGUGCUUUGGGAGAUUUUGGAGUUCCAAUUGCCAUUGCCACUUUUGUGACUAUCGAUUAUUUUGCACCGCACGUCUAUACAGAUAAGUUGAAUGUUCCGGACGGAAUCUCACCAAGCGACCCUGAACAGCGUGACUGGAAGAUUCCAUUUGUGCCAAUUCCACCAUGGAUUCCAAUUGCGUCAAUUAUUCCAGCAUUCUUAGUCUUCAUACUGAUUUUUAUGGAAACUGAAAUCUCCGAGUUGAUUGUUGGAAAGCCAGAACGAGGAUUAAAGAAAGGAAAUGGACUCCAUUGGGAUAUUGUGCUGUUGUGCUUGUGUAACACAAUUUGUGGAUAUUUUGGAAUGCCAUGGCAUUGUGCGGCUACUGUGAGAUCGGUGACGCAUGUGUCUGCUGUUACAAUUAUGUCGACUAACCACGCACCAGGUGACACACCAAAAAUAGUCGACAUUAAGGAACAACGACUGUCAGGAUUCUUUGUAUCCCUAAUGAUAGGCUUGUCAUUAUUUGCAUCACCACUGCUAAAAGAGGUCCCAAUGGCUGUCUUAUUUGGUGUAUUCCUUUACAUGGGAGUUUGUUCGAUGGUUGGGGUCCAGUUUUUUGAAAGACUGCGACUUUUGUUCAUGCCAGUCAAACACCACCCACAAGUUCCUUUUGUCCGUCGCGUACAAACGUGGAAAAUGCAUUCAUUUACGAUUGUUCAAGUCUUUGCAUUGAGUGUGCUGUGGAUUGUUAAAUCAUCACAGUUUUCUUUGGCCUUUCCGUUCUUUUUGAUCAUGAUGGUGCCGCUUAGAGCGAUUUUGGGGAAGCUGUUUACGUCGACGGAAUUGAGAGCGCUUGACUGCACCCAAAGGUUUUCCGAUUCAGAAAUUGAACCCGAUUUCUACGAACAAGCGCCGUUACCAGCUUAAAAGCUUCUUUUUAUUGUGAUUAUGUUUUGCUGAUGAAAAGGAAAGUCUCGACGUCAAAUAGAUAAAUUUUAGACUAGGAAAAGUUUUUGUUGAAAAUUGUUUGAUUUUUA